UGUGGAAAGGAAUUUUGAAUGGAAAUUGGAAUGGAUCGUGGAAUGGAAUGUGGAAUGCAACCUGGAAUGAAAUGUGAAUGGAAUGUGGAAAGGAAUGUGGAAUGGAAUGGAAUGGAAUGUGGAAUGAAAUGUGGUAUUGAAUGUGGAAUGGAACGUGGAAUGAAAUGCGGAAUGGAGUGUGGAAUGGAACGUGGAAUGAAAUGGAACGAAAUGUGGAAUGGAAUGUGGAAAGGAACGUGGAAUUGAAUGUGGAAUGGAACGUGGAAUGGAAUGGAAUAGAAUGUGGAAUGGAAUGGAAUGGAACGUGGAAUCGAAUAUGUAAUGGAAAGCGGAAUGGAAUGUGGAAUGAAACUUGGAAUGGAAUGUACAACAGAUUGUGUAAUGGAAAGUGGAAUGGAAUGGAAUGGAAGGUGGAAUGGAACGUGGAAUGCAAUGGAAGGGAACAUGGAAUGGAAAGUGGAAUGGAAUGGAAUGGAAUGUGGAAUGGAACGUGGAAUGCAAUGGAAUGCAACGUGGAAUGGAACAUGGAAUGGAACACGGAAUGGAAUGGAAAGGAAUGGGAAUGCAAUGUGGAAUGUAAAUUGGAAUGGAAAGUGGAAUGGAAUGGAAUGGAAUGGAAUGUGGAAUGAAAUGUGGAAUUGAAUGUGGAACGGAACGUGGAAUGGAACGUGGAAUGGAAGGUGGAAUGGAAUGGAACGGAAUGUAGAAUGUAAUGUGAAAUGGAAUGGAAAGGAGUGUGGAAUGGAAUUUGGAAUGGAAUGGAAGUUGAAAUCGAAUGUGGAAAGGAAUGGAAUGGAGAGGUUAGAUGGAAUGAAAUGGAAUGUUGAAUGGAAUGUGGACUACAAUGAAAUGCAAUGUGGAAUGGAUUGGAAUGGAAUGCGGAAUGGAAUGGGGAAUGCAAUGGAAUGGAAUUUGGAAUGGAAUGUGGAAUGGAAUGUGGAAUGGAAUGGGGAAUGCAAUGGAAUGG